AUGGGGGCGAGAGUUUGCGUUCGUGCAAUAUGCACGAAUCUGGGUCUGGGUCCUGCAUCGCAAGAGGUCUUGAGCCUGAACCUGUUGGAUAGAGGAAAUUAUGUUCUGACCCUGGACUCCUUCGUCCGGCGGCUAUUCCACACAAGGGAAGUUUUCCAUUUCUGGAAAGUGCUAUGCCUGCUGGGUGACAUUGGCGACCCCAGCUCCGAAACCUAUCGCGACUUCCUGGCCUCUUGCGCUGUACGGUUCCCCACUGUGUUGCUUCUGGCUGGCAACAACGAGUACCGCAACCAUGACGGCAGCAGUCGUACCAUGGCCCAAACGGAGGAGCUUAUUCGGCAGGCGGCUGCCGCGCACCUCAACGUGCAUUUCCUGCAGAACGACACCUACGUCCUCGGAAAUAUCGCCUUCAUCGGCACGACCCUAUGGUCGUACUUGCCCGACACGCCGCUCCCCCCGCCGCCGUCGUCGGAGGGAGAGGAGAAGGCGGCCGACAACGGUACCACGGAUCACCAUCGGCUCGCCGGCGGCAAUGACGGUGCCGCCGCCGCCGCCGCCGCCGACACCCCGGCCGCCAAGAUGAUGGUUCCUGGCAUCACUCCGUUAGAUGUGCUGCCGCCGCUGCACGCAGUACUACCGGUAAUACCUGCCGUUAGUUUUACGCAGGACACUGACGCUGCAUGGGAUAUUGGACCAAUCGCCGCCGCAGCGUCCACCACUUCUGUAAGAGCUGACGUAAAAGCACAGGGUGCAGUUUGCAAAGGCGGCGAUGAAGCUGCAUCGAUGUGGCGGCAUCGGCUGGUAACUGGCUCCGAGCAGCCGCAGGGGCGGCAAGCGUCCUCUCACAAGCCGCCUCCCGCCACCAUUCGCGAGUUUAUCGGCGAAACCUCCCUGGACUACCGCCGCAUCUUCGCCAGCCCGGGCGGGCCCCCGAUCACCCCCGAGGUGACGAACUCCCUGUUCGUGAGUUCCCUGGAGUAUCUCCGCGGCGCCGUCAAGGCGGCCAGCGAGCGUGGGCUGCUGCCCGUGGUACUGUCACACCAUGCGCCGUCGAUGCGCGGCACGUCGAGGCCGGCCUUUGCAGGGCACCCGUCCACACACGCCUACAGCACGGAUCUUGACGCGUACCUUGCAGACAGCGGCAUCGCGGCCUGGUACUGUGGCCACACACACUACAACUUUGACUUGCUGCUACCGGGUGGUGUGCGGCUGGCCAGCAACCAGUUCGGCUCACAGCCCAAGCCGGCAGACGGCUACAGCCGGAAUUGGCAACACCGCCUGCCCACCGCCUCAAGGGAUGGCAGGUAG